ACUGAAUGUCAUUGGUUGGGGAAUAUCUAUGUAUGUAGAAAAUGUUAAGACAUACUCGCAUGUAUGGGUCUUCCUACCCAGGAAUGCUACGAUGUAGCAGUGGUCACACUAAGCAAAUCGCUCAUGCCAUAUGCUCACGAUUUAAAGAAGUGCUGCGUAUAAACGUCAUGGAAGAUAUACCCAAAACAUGCCCCGAACCCUGCCAUGAGAAUAAUGAAGUCAAGGAAAUUCUACUUGUUGAACAUCUUGUAUGUGUGCUAAUGAAAACUGGGAUAGCACGAUGUUACGAUUCGACGGAUGGACGCCUCUUAUGUGAAUUGAACCCUACAGACGAUCGUUCCAACAAUUUUGCAGCUGUGCAUACAAUCGUCCAUAAUCCAACGAAUCGAACAAUCAUCAUCGCUUACUCACAAAUACCUGCUCAUCUAAGAUGUAAGGUUAUAUUGGUAGAGUCACUCAAACUCGGCAAGUUGGACAGUCCUACGUAUAGCUAUAACUUUGAAUGUGUUGUAUUACAGCAUCCGGCUUUCUUUGAAUUUUGUGGCACAAACAAACGAAUUGGAGCUGCAGAUCUCUGUAAGCAUGUUUACAGGUUUUGGAACAUGAACAACUACGAAUUAGUGUUUGAAAUUAAAGGGAAAGGCUAUCAGGAGAUUAGAGUUUCAGAUGGAGUGGUCGUCAUGCUGAGCCAACCAAGGCACAACUAUAUACCACUUAGUUUGUAUGACAUUGAGGAUGGAACAUUGCUGGCUACACGGCACAUUGAAAUUGUUCAACAUAGAGAACUACAGUUUCUAGAACUGCUUGUGACACAGCUUCUGAUAAAACAGCAUGGUGGCCCUGUUAGAGUAUAUGAUAUAUUACGAGGAGAUGGUUUUAUAGUACAAGAUACAAUCAAUUUUCAGCCAACCGGCUUUGUUUUCUAUGAUGCAACACCCCCUAUAAUCUGUUACGAAUCAUCUGCACCAGUCAGUAGCAAACUCUCAUACAGGCCAAGAAAAUUCUUUACCCUAUCAAAGUCGUUGAUCGAGUUUUGGGAACUGACAAGAUAUAAUCUUGUACGGACUAACCAACUUGUAUUACAGGGCAUGGACAACCCUGAUAUAUGCUGUCACUCGCUUUGGGCUAAUUUACUCUUCGUUCGUGCGUUUAAGGAACAACCACUAUUUGGGAGUAUAACAGCGAGUCCUUCAUCAGAUAGUACACAGACUAAUCCCUUGUGUCACCACCACCCUAAACUGCUGAGAAGAAACGAACGUGUACAUACCCCAAGUAAGAUGUCAAAAGAAUCGUGUGAGGCAGACAUUUUAAAACAAAAUGAGGAAACACUACAAAAGCAUGGUAUACUAUUAUUCACACUUGAUGGUUCAAAUUAUUUGGGAGAGAUAGAUCAAGAAAUAAUAGAUUCAAAUAUUGAGACCCUGGCCCUAUCAAAUGAUCUAUCAGUAAUCGCAUGUGGAAGUGAUGAAGGUGAGGUUUCUAUUAUGAGAAUGCCGAAUUAUAUCAUCAAUGGAUAAAUCAUUACGUCCGAAAGUGUUACAUCUUCAUUCCCCAUGAUAUUUCAAUGAUUAAUACA